GCUCUGUCGGCCGUACGGGCACGACGUGUACGAACAGGCUCUCCAAGCUCUGGCCCGUCUUCCCCAGAAAUCUUUUAAGUGACUUUAACUUUCUAAAACUUCUUCUUUGUGUCGUUAUUCGUCAUAAUUAUAGAAUAUCGAUGUUGAUAUGCUAUAGAUAACUAUUUUUCCUCUCUGUUCACCGAGAGUAAAGAGUUCAUUUCAAAAAGAUAAAAAAAACUUUCUUUUACGCCUGUUAUGAGUGUUCUGACAUUGCAAGUAGCUUUUCUGGAACUUAGCCUGGAAUGUUUAGUGUCGAUAAAGUCUAAAGACUUCUUUUUUGUGUUGUUCUUCGUGGGUUAAUGUCUAUAUAUAGAUAUAUAUUAAACUAUAUCUAAUGUUCUUCUUCAUCUAGUUUUUUUUUAUAUUGCACAAAGUUCUCGUAAUAACUUGUGCAAGUUAGCAUGAGAUCUUAGCAAGCUAAACAUCAUUUAUAGUGGACGCCAGGAUGAAGUCACGUGUCACGGCGUCGUUUUUCAACCUUCUAACUGCCAUGGCUAUAGUUGUGUCGUCAUCCGUAGCCCCAGUGACCGACACAGGUCAGGAGCUGAACAAGAUGUCGUUAUCGAAAAGAAGCAAUGAGCUGGAGACCUCCGACCCCGUGGAGCCUGUUCGCAAGGGGCCGAGGGUGGAUACCCUCCACUCGGGAAACGUGUCUACGGUGCUGGGCAGGACAGCUUCUUUACGGUGCCGAGUUUUGGAUCGAGGUAAUAAAACGGUCUCAUGGAUUCGUCAUCGGGACCUGCAUCUGUUGACAGUCGACCAGUAUACAUACACUUCUGACCAGAGAUUUCAGGCCAUGUAUGAACCUUCCACGGGAGACUGGGUGCUGCUGAUCGUUUCAGUGCAGUCACGUGACAGAGGUGUUUACGAAUGUCAAAUCGGCACGACUCCGCCCACCAGCCACUUCGUCACAUUACACAUCAUGGAACCGCGAACUGAGAUCCUCGGAGGAGAGGACCUACACAUAAACUUGGGUUCUACCAUCAACCUCACUUGUCUGGUUCUGUACCACGCGCGCUCCCCACACACGCUCGUCUGGUUGCAUAAAGGAAAGGAAGUCCACUACAACUCGGCGCGCGGGGGCGUGACGGUGCUGACGGAGUCCGGGGAGGUGACGCGGUCCGCCCUCCUCAUCCAGAAGGCGACGCUGGCGGAUGCUGGCAACUAUACCUGCAAACCCAAGGGCGCCGAUCCUGCCACGACGAGGGUGCACGUCCUUCACGGAGAGCACCAGGCGGCCAUGCAGGGCAGCGCAGGAAUCGGGGGUCGUCCGCAGACCCUGGAGUUGGUCCUAAUAGCUGCCAUCUGGGCAUCUUGGGCAGGGCUGCCCAGCCACAUUAUCGCCUGGUCUUCUAUAUGCGUUUCUGUUAUUCUCUUCGUCUCGUCCUUUUCGUCAGAGAGCGGCUGGGUUAAUUUUCUACCUCUUGCUCCGUUGCCUACUUAGAUGUAGAGCAUGUUUAUGUGGAUGCGACCUACGGGGGACCAAUGGAGGCAAGCAUUGCCAUAGAAUAAAUUGUGGCUUCCAAGCAAGGUAGGUAUUUCAUAUCAUUUACCCAUCCAUUUUGUAAAGCCGUUGAAGUUCGUUGUCGGUACAAAACUUGGUUUUAGGAUUUGCAUAUAUUUCCUGUGAGAAUUUACUCUAGCCAAGGGACGUCACCUUUACAUGUGCAAACAUUUUCAAUUAAUAUUAAUUAUUAUUAUUAUUAUUAUUAUUAUUAUUAUUAUUAUUAUUAUUAUUAUUAUUAUUAUUAUUAUUAUUAUUAUUUAUUGGAAGGAAACCCUCUUUUAAACAAGUAUUAUUGAAAGAUAUUGCUGCAUCAGUUGCAUUCAACUUCUAAAUAGUCUUCGCUAUUUUUCUAACAACUGUUUCCUCCCUGCCAUUACAACUGGCGAGUGUUGCGCCGACGUGACUCUCAGGAGGAGUCAAUUUCAAGGAUAUUGUUGCAUUGAAAUUUAUUACAGAAAGGAAAUAAAUAAAUAAAUCAAUGUACAAGUCAAUGUUCGGUUUAGUCGACUAAACCCAACAUUGACGCGUACCUUGAAUCACGUCAUAACAGCAGAGAGAAAACAAGUUAAAUGCAGCUGAUGCGGUAAUAUCUUUCAAUAAUACUUAUUAUUAUUAUUAUUAUUAUUAUUAUUAUUAUUAUUAUUAUUAUUAUUAUUAUUAUUAUUAUUAUUCAGAAGAUGAAGCCUAUUCAUGCAGAACAAGCCAACAAGGGUAGUCGACUUGAAAUUCAAGCUUCCAAAGUGUAUGAUGUUCAUUCGAAAUAAGUAAUAGGUGGUAACGGGAAAUACAGAGAAAAGAGAUCAGUUAUUAGAUGCGAAAAACAUAUUAGAUUAUCAAAUGAAUGGAUAAGUAUGUAAGUAAAUUAUUAAAAUACGAGGAGAGCUGUUUUGGUAGCAUUACUACCCAUUCUUGCCAUGAAACUGCAGCGGAUCUGUGACAACUAUUACGACGUGUCUUAGAGAGCAAGGAAUUCUUUCUAUGCUUUUAUAUCGUUAACCUAUAUCUCUCGCCAAAAAAUGUCCAAGGCAAGCUUACUAUGCUUUGAGGCAUUAGCUUAAGUUUUGCAUGCAUGCCUUGAAUGUGGUAACACCACGAAGUGCCCAAUACUAUAAAUUAGACCUCUUCUGGCAGAUGCCAUUAUGCCAGUCAUAAUGAUAAUCACCGCCUUUUGGGAUAACGACCAAAAUGAAGACGCGUGAAAGGGCUUCUUAAUGCUUCUCAGAAAUUUGUGAAUGGCUGCUCGAAAAUCUCCCCUGAAAAUGGUUUUGGAAAUUAUCAUAAUGAGCGUCGCGGUGGAUUAUGCACGUGAUCAUUGAACGAACUCUGGCUGUAUAAUCUUGUGUAAGUUGCCAUUGAAGGCCAAAUGGAAGCAUAAAUAAUGGAAAAUGGAAGCAUAAAUAAUAGAAAAUGGAUGCAUAAAUAAUGGUAAAUGCAAGCAUAAAUAAUAGAAGAUGGAAGCAUAAAUAAUGGCAAAUGCAAGCACAAAUAAUAGAAUAUGGAAGCAUAAAUAAUGGUAAAUGCAAGCAUAAAUAAUAGAAGAUGGAAGCAUAAAUAAUGGUAAAUGCAAGCAUAAAUAAUAGAAGAUGGAUGCAUAAAUAAUGGUAAAUGCAAGCAUAAAUAAUAGAAAAUGGAAGCAUAAGAAUGGUAAAUGCAAGCAUAAAUAAUCGAAGAUGGUAAAUUGAAGAUAAAUAAUGGUAAAUGGAAGCAUACAUAAUGGCGACGAAGUUAAAAUUGGACUCUGCAAUCAACAGCGUACCUAUGGAUGAAUUUUACUCGUCAUAUUGAAACACAAAAUGGUUUCUCUUGUUAAAGAGAAAAUCCAACGUUUGAAACUACGUUCGUUAUUGCCUAUUCUUUUGUUUUGCACAUCGAAUUUCCAUUGAUAAGUGAUUAUAUUUCCUGAUCACCUUGAUUUCUCACCAGCCUUUUCUGUCAACUGUGAGGACAACUGAGCUUACAUUCUCUUAAGACAAUAAAUAUCCAGUCUGUCCGUUUAUAAAUGCAAGAAUAUUUCUAGUAAGAAAAAAUGGCAGCAUCAUGAAAUGAAUGACCGAAAUAGGGUAGAUAUGUUGUAAGUUCUCCAUUACGUGCAAUUUUUGUCUUUGAUUUUUCAAAGUUUUGUAAAACAAGAGAAAAUGAACCGUAGCAGUUAAUAUUCGUAAACCUUGCACUUCACUCUUGAAAUUUAAUCGGUUGAAAUUCAGUAUCAUUAUUUUAGCGACUGAACUUAAAGCUUGGCAUUUCUUGAAGUAAGGGGCGAUGGAUGUAAUGACAAUUCCUUUUUCUUUUCAGGUUCUACAGGAUAACUAUAAUUCGCUAACCAUUCUAAAUAGUAAACUUGUGCUUUCUAAACUAAUAAAUAUUUGAUAACA